CGCUCCCGGCUGCCAUUUUAAGGUGAACAAAGCGGCGGAGGAGGCGGCAGGGAUGUUCACCAAGAAACCCUACGACAGCGCCUACGGGCCACCCCCCGCCUCCUACGGGCCACCCACGGGUGACUAUGGCUACGAUUUCGGCGCCCGCUCGCCGCCACCGGGCUCCUACUACAUUGAGGACGUCCCUCAGCAUUUCUACAAGUGGUCGUCACCGCCGGGGCUGGUGCGGCUGCUGGAGGGCGCGGUGAUGCUGCUGUGCAUCGCCGUGUUCGCCUGCGUGGCCUCCACGCUGGCCUGGGACUACGGCUACGGCUACGGCGGCGUGCUGGGCACCGGCCUGGGCGGUUUCUACGGCUCCGGUUACUACGGCAGCGGGAUGAACUACGGCUACGGCUAUGGGGGAUACUACGGAGGCGUCACCAACCCGCGGGCGGCCAAUGGCUUCAUGAUCGCCAUGGCUGUGCUCUGCUUCCUGGCCCAGCUGGGGCUGUUGGUGGCCAGCUUGAGCAAGUCCAGCAGCUCGCGGUCGCGCCGUUUCUACCUGGUGGUCAUCGUGGUGUGCGCCGUGCUGGCCUUGGUGAUGCUGGUGGCCAGCAUCGUCUAUGUGGUGGGGGUGAAUCCGCAGGCACAGAUGAGUGGCGGGGGGUACUACUACAGCCCGCUGCUGGCCAUGUGCAGCCAGGUUUACGCCGGGGGCACCGUGCUCAACCAGUACCUGUACCACUACUGCACCGUGGACCCGCAGGAGGCUGUGGCCAUCGCCUGUGGGUUCCUGACUGUGCUCCUGCUGUGCCUCAUCUGCGUCCUGGCGCACAAAACGCGCAGCAAGAUCUGGAAAUACGGAAAACACAACAUUUACUGGGAUAAAAUCCCUGCCGAGCCCCAGGGACCUGACGUCGAGGAGUGGGUGAAGAACGUGUCGGGCGGGACGAGCGUUCCGGACGAGGCCGCCACCGUCGCGUACUCGGAGAAGGGCGGGACCCCCGGGCCGGCCCCGCCCUACAGCCCCCCCUUGUACAGCGACCCCCCCCAGAAGGGCUGGAAAAGUGACCCCCCCUCGGACCCCCCCUCACCCUCGGAGGAGCCGGACGCCGCCCAUCCCCCCCACAAGCCCCCCGCCCGCCGCGGCCGCCGGGGCCGGCGCCAGCCCGAGGGCUCCCAGGGCUCCCAGUGCUCCCAGUACGACACCGACCCCGCCACCGCCCCUGAGUCCAGUGACGAGCGUGACAGCGAGCAGUGGCACAGGCUGUACCCCCCCAUCAGCUCCCCGGGCACACGGCAGCGCUACAAGGCGGAUUUCGGGCAGGAGCUGCGGCGCUACAAGGAGCUCUGUGCCCACAUGGACGGGCUCAAUGACCGCCUGGCACAGCUGGCAGCACAGCUGGACCAGGUGCCCGAGGACAGCGCCCAGUACCAGGCACUGGCUGAGGAGUACAACCACCUCAAGGACGUGAAGAGGAGCCCGGAGUACCAGGACAAGAAGCGGGAAUCCAAAACCCUCCGGAACAAACUCUUCCACAUCAAAAGGAUGGUUAGCGACUACGACAAGCUCCGGGGCUGACCCCAAAGCCACCAUCCCCCAAAAAAAAGGGACAUUUGUAGGGGGGGACACCCCAAAACCCCACCCUCCAACCCCCUCCAAAGACUUUUGUGCCUUUUUUUGUCUUAAAAAAUUCCAAAAUUUCUCGUUUUGGGCCCUCCCCAGUGCCAAGGGUGGGGGGGGAUGAUGGCAGCUGUUGGUGUGACCCCGUCUCCACCCCAAGAUGUCCCCAGAUGUCCCCCACACCCUUCAGGAUCUCCCCCAGUGCCUUCCCCUGGUUGUAAAUAGGGUUUUUUAUGGGGUUUGCACUCCCCUAACUGCCUUAAAGGGGUUUUGGGGGUCCCAAAUUGGUGUUUGGGGGACAAAAAAAACUUUUUUGGGGUUUUUUCUGGGGGGAAGGAUGACCCAAAUCCCAAAAUAUUUUGUAGGGAAUUGGUGGGAUCUGUGGGAAUCGUGUAAUAUUUUAAUUGUUUUGUAAUAAAUUAAGUGUAAUUGUUGAUUUUCA